GUUCAGUUUUUACCUCAAAGUGGCUGCUGCGUUUUUGAGCUAAACAUUUGGAAACUUUGGAUGGUUUCUUGCUUGCUUCUCCUUCCUUGGCACAACAAUGGAGAUAAAACUUUCUUUCCCCUUUCUUGAUGCUUGGCCGACAGAGAGAUAAUGGGAGGAGAGAGGAGUGUUGUGUGUGUGGAUGAUAAGAGAUGAUGAUGAUGGAGUUUUCAGAAGUUCUUAUAUGGGUUGCAUUUCGUGAAUGAGGAGUUAUUUACAAAAUGUUUCGUGAAUGUGGGGUAACUUGCAAAAUUUUCCGUUUUUUUUUAAAUUCUUCUAGAAUCGUCCUCAGACGAGUUUGUCUGGAAUGUUGGUUUCACAAAUUACGCUUCGUUAUUUACAAGCUGGAACGAAUUAUUUCGAGUUUCAGAGUCUAUAUAUACCAAAUUGUGGCAAGAGCGUCUCACAUUCUCACAUUAUGGAAGGAACUUCUCGAGCUCUUUCUAAUACCAUAAGAUUCGUUGGUCUACUUGGUAGUCAUGCUCUUGGUAGCAAUCCAAGGUUCAUGGCUACAGCGGUUGAUCUAGGAAGUGAAUUGGUAAGGCGAAAAAUCAGGCUUACCUACGGAGGAGGCAACGUUGGCCUUCAAGGAGCUGUAGCUUCAACGGUCUAUAAUAAUGGUGGUAGAGUCAGAGGUUUCAUACCAGGGUAUAUAGCAACACGAGGGGUCUAUGGACCAACAUAUGGUGUGGAGUACACCGUCUCCAGCAAUUACUAUAAGUAUUUCGAGAUGAAUCAUAUUGUGGAAGCCUUCAUUGUACUUCCUGGAGGAAUUGACACUAUGGAGGGUUUAUUCACUUUGAUCUCAUGGGCAUCCGAAGGGUUACACAGUAAACCCAUUGGUCUUUUGAACAUUGACGGUUAUUUCAAUAACCUAAUCAAGUUUCUAGAUGAUGCGCUUUUGGACAAGCUAGAGUUUGCGAAAGCUUUCCCGGGUCCUGGUGCCAGUUAUGAAGAGUUUGCAAAUCCUGGAAGAUUAGACUUAGAGUUGCAUCUAGAUGUCGUGGAGGAUGUGGAUGCAGGACUUUGAAAAUAUUGACUCAAUGAUCCGAAAAUCGUUUUGCUCUGAUACCAAAAUGUAACACCCCAAUCCGUAUAACCCGGAAUUACACGAACUAAGGUGAAACGAGAGUUAAAUAAAAAUUUCACUUGACAUUUGAAUAUGACAAUUACUUAAAAAUAUUAAAUUUACAGACUCUGGAUCGCGACCCAUUUAAAAAUAUUUUCAGAGUAAUGCGGAAGUACAAUAAUAAUCAAAUCAUGACACAUUUUAAAAUCUGUUGACCAAACAUUGCCUACCAUCCUUGCAUCUCCUCUGACUCAAUGCCCUCCGGAAAAGGUUCCAUC